AUGGUGGCUGAGGCGGGAGAAACGGUCCCGAUCCUGAAGGACGACGUGGGAACGGCAGAGCGGUGUAAGCCGCGCGCCCCGGGAGCGAAAGCGCGGCGGCCGCACGGAGGGAGCGUCCGACACCGCUACAAAGCCAGGCUGGACGCGGCCCGGAACGCGUCGCCGGGAACGGACCCGAGCUGGAUGCUCUCGGCCUCCGACGGCAAGUGGGACAGCCUGGAAGGGCUGCUCACGUGCGAGCCCGGCCUGCUGGCCAAGCGGGACUUCAUCACCGGCCUCACCCGCCCCCGCCCCUGGGCCGCCAAGCACGGCAGGCAGGAGCUCCUGGCCAUGCUGGUCAACUUCGCCAACAAGCACCAGCUACCGGUGAACAUCAACGCCCGGUCGAGCGCGGGCUACACCGCCCUGCACUUGGCAGCCAUGCACGGCCACGUGGAGGUGGUGAAGUUGUUGGUGGGCGCCUACGACGCCGACGUGGACAUCAGGGACUACAGCGGGAAAAAAGCCUCUCAGUACCUGAGUCAGAGCACCGCUGAGGAAAUCAAGAGCCUGGUGGGGGCCCUGGACGAGGAGGACGCGGAGAGUGCGGCCGGCAGCGGGGGUGGACGCUGGAGGCUGUCCAAAGUGCUCCCCUCGCACCUCAUCACCUACAAGCUGUCGCACGUCCUGGAGGAUGGGGGAGACCACCACCACCACCACCUCCACCUGGCUGAGGGGUGGGCUGGAGGCAAAGCGAAAGAAGCAGGUCGCAAAGCCUCUGGCAGCUCUAGUGGGCGGAUCAAACCCAGGCUCAACAAAAUCCGCUUCAGAACCCAGAUCAUCCACACUACGCCCUCUUUCAGGGACCCGGAGCAGCCACUGGAGGAGGGAGAGGAGGAAGAAGAGGAACGGUCUCUUAAGGGCCACUCUUCGUCCUCGUUCAAAUUGAGACCAAAGUCCAAUGUAUUUGGGUAAAAACUUCAGGGACGCUAAGGCUGUCUUCAGUAGAAUCCUAUGUGUGAGUAUAAGGAAGUGAGACAGAAUAGAGUGAGACCAAAUCAUGCAUUCCCCAGGGCUUAGAAUGGGUGGGGAGGAGCUGCCGGCAUUCUGGCUAAGUGGAUUUCUUUUGAAGUGAUUCACCACCACACCUUGACUCUGCCUCUUCUUCACCCCACCCCUCUGUCCUGGAGUCCCUGUGUCCGAGGACUAGAAAUGCAGCCAAGUCAUCCGGACAGAACUGAUGGCAGACGGUUCCUUUGCUUUAACCAUUGCUGGAUGCCAGACAAAGUAAGGGAUGGUGCACUUUGACUCAUCUGUUGUGUAAGUGGUUACUCUUCUAAAAACAACAAAAAGUGCAAAUCGUAAUAAAACCGGCAGUAUUUACGAUGAACAAAACUACUUACUGCCCUUGUUUUUUUUACUAAUUGCCAUUUGCUUUCUAAGGUACUACUGAAGGUCAAUCACAGUUAAAAUGCUAAAAAUAGAAAUUAGAGACUAAUGUGAAUAAAAAUGGGAGUCCUGUUGGUAUCCUAUUUGUGUUAUAAGUUGCCUUUCACUUAUUUUUUGUAAGCAAUUUCAGUUUUAAUCACUGAAAAAAGAGUCAACAUUAACUUUGACAAAAUCUGUAGUGUGGUUUCUACCAAUCACUCCACUGCACUCAGUGUUAAGGUACAUUCUUAAUAGCUGCACAGAUUGUUAUUAAAAACAUACUCUUCACAGUCUACGGUACUUUUAAAUACUGCCUCUUAUUCUGAUUCUCACUAUAAAUUUCCUGGCGUUUUUAUUCUGGGUGUCUAUUGUUAUUGGUUCUGUUUGCUAUAAUCCUACUUAAUGGUGCUUAGAGCUGAAUUACCCACAGAAAUUGUUUCUGGUUUAGAGAAUUAGAAAUUGGCAUAAAUAUUGGUGACCCUAUGUUAUUAAAAUCAACUUAAUGAUUCUCAUACAAAGACUCUUUUACUAGUACAGUUAUAGUCUCCAUGCUUGCUAGUAAUGUUUUGCGAAUGUUUAAAGGUACUAAAUCCUUCUGUUUUCCUAUGGUUUCUUGACUCUUUUAGAGACAUUCGGUAGUUACUGAAAAGCUGGGUAGCAAAUCUAUUCAGUUAAAAAUAGCACUUUAUAGAAAAGAAGAAAUGGGACUAUUUCUAUAUUUAAAUGAUACUGGCUGUUGCAUUCCUUUGUUUAUAAAUGAACAAUAACAUUUAUUAAAAUUAAAGACUUGUUUAUGGUUUUUCAUGACAUUUUAUCCAUUUAUGUUAUAGUAAAUGGCUUUAUAAUUACGUUAAAAUUUAACUUACAUACGUAUUGGUUUGUAACAAGAGUAGAAGCAGCUUCCGUGGGGGACUACUUUGAACAAGCCCUCCUCCCUUACCUAUUCCAGAAACCUGUGUACCUACAGCCUACAGGGUAAAGGGGUGAGUUAGCCUGCAGAAGGACUUGACCAUGUAUGAAUUGCAGAGCAGUGGCACUUACAGUUCUUAGACAGCUCGUUUUCCAAGUCAUAGGUAUUUAUCACAAGUUUGUCCCAUCUCUCUGGCAACUGAAUUUGACUAAAGAUGGACGGACAAUAUUCACAUAGAAUAUAUAAACUAUUGUUCAUUUGUGUGCCUUUACUUUUGUUUCAUAAAUAUGAAAUUGGUCAUGUACAUUUGAGAAGCACUUUUAUUCAUAUAUGUGGAUGGAAAACCAAUCUAAUUUUGUAUAAAUUAAAAAUGAGUUUCUUGACGUUGAAAAGCAGUCAUCCGUUCCAAAUCCAUACAUGUUCCCCAUGAUAUAUUUAGUGCAGCGUAAGCUCUAACUUCCCAUUGAAGAAUUGUAAAUUUCAUAAACUUGGAAAGCUAAAAUAGCUUUAAUAGGAGACUAUAAUAGAAGAUGCUUCAGAGUUAUCUAAAGGUUCUGUUAAUAGUCCACAUUAGCUAAAAUCUAUAAUUUGCUAGAUUCUUGGAAAUUGAGUUGAUACAUCAUGUAACUUUUUUUUUCCCACACUAAAGGCUUUACUUUUUCUGAUAAUACUUUACAUUUUAAAAACUCAUCCCUGAGAGGAAAUACUUUUAGCAUUCCUCAUCAAGAUGUACUGGUGUGUACUAGGUGUAGCAUUUUCAGCUCCUUAAUUCUACAUUCCUCUUAUUUUUCAAUUUCCAAAUGGAGUUUAUACAAAGCAAAUGAUUUAUGUAGUUUGGUAUUCAGAGAGUUGUGCCUACUAUUAAUGAAAAUAUAUAUGUCAGGUUCUUAGAUGUUUAUUGAUAUCAGACUGUAUGACUAAAAG